CCCCAACACCGCACUCCGUGACUGGUUAAGAUUUUUUUUUUUGCAGUGUAAUCUCAGUAUCUCAGGGAGUGAGUGAGCCUAUAGUAUAGAGGAUGCUGGAUGAUGGUGAUGCGUACCAAAAGGCUGCUGCUUCGCUAACAGGACUCACAUGAGGAAGAAUGGAGUUUUGACAUAAUGGUAAAGCGAUGGAUUUCCCUGCUCUUCAUCACCUUUUUGGCGCGUUGUGGAUGACGGACAUAAUAUAGAGAGGUGUUUGCGGAAUUCCCUGAAUUCACAGGCUGCAUACUUGUUUUCAACAACAGGGAGAGGCUUACAUCCCUGGAGAUUGAGGUACGUAAAAUCGGUUUGAAAUGUCCGACUUUAACAACCGGAGCCAAACCAGCACACGUCGCAGUGACUACGUGUGGCAGUAUGAAUAUUAUGACGACGAGGAGCCCGUGUCUUUUGAGGGACUCAAAGCGCACAGAUACUCUAUCGUCAUUGGCUUCUGGGUUGGACUUGCUGUGUUUGUCAUUUUCAUGUUCUUUGUGCUCACUCUGCUCUCAAAGACAGGAGCGCCACAUCAAGAAAACCCAGACUCUGAAAAGCGCCAUCCACCAAGCAGCUGUCUAGUAGACAUCCGCGCUCCCCAGGAUGAAAAUGACAAAGCCUUCUCUCGUCCAUUGCUAACGGAGUCUCGUUCUUAUUUUCAUUUCUACAUUAACGAGGAGGAUCAGCGUCAGGAGAAGCAAAAUCCAGAGGACGAGAGAGUUGGAAAGCACAGCGGGGCGCGAGCCCAGCAGCGGACCAGAGGUACCAGCUCCUCUGGGAUGGACGAGAUGGAAGAGGAUGUUGAGGAAGCUGAGGGACACCAACCUCUCACGGGACUAAUAGAGGAAGACAGUAAGACAGACAGAGAAUGUUCCUUCUUUUCCCACUUCAACAUCCCUAACUUUGUGAACUUGGAGCACAGUUCAACACUUGGAGAGGAUGAUCUGCUAUAUGAGCCCAAUGUCAUACUGGAGCGCCAGUCUCACUCUCAAGAUGCUCACCAUGACAUCCACUGAGUCUGUUUAUACAAAGACAUCACAGGCAUGGACAUAGUGUUAUUGUAAAAUUAGCUUACCUUUAACAUGGCCAUUUGUGAUCUGAUGGGGAAACACACACAC